GAACCAGCUGCAUUUGCGGCGAAGCCAACGACUAUUAUCGCUUGGGAGCCCAUGGGUUCGAUCAAAAGGCCCGAAGCCUGGUUCGUCAAGAUCGCUUGCACCAUCGUCGUUCGCUCCAACUCGCUCGAACGCUUCUUCGGCUAUUUCAAAACAAGUUGCGCAUUAACAAUCACUCUCAUUGGGCUUAAGCAGAAGCCGUUUCCGAUGCAAACAAAGCUAUUCAAUUAAGCCCUUCAUUGCCCAAAGCCUAUCUUCGUAAAGCGACCGCUUGUAUUCAACUCGAAGAAUAUCAUACUGCAAAGGUAGCACUACAAAACGGUGCCUCUUGCACAGGAUGAUUCCAGAUUCACCAAGUUGAUUCAAGACUGUGAUCGAUAUAUCGCAGGUAUACAGGAUACCAUCAUUUUGUUUGAGCCAGUUGAAGUUGUGUUGAUGUAAUUUCAUCUAGAGAAUGAAUUACCUGUUAACAACAUUGUCAAAGAAGAUAGAGGUGGAUUCCAUCAUCAGGGACACCAUUGAUAAGGUCCUCGUCCUUCGCUUUGGUCGUGCCUCUGACCCUGUCUGUCUCCAGCUCGAUCAAAUUCUUUCUAAAGCAGCAAGGGAUGUGUCCAAGUUUGCAACUGUGGCACUUGUUGAUGUUGACUCCGAGGACAUUCAAGUCUAUGUCAAGUACUUUGACAUCACUUUGAUACCAUCUACAGUGUUUUUCUUCAAUGUCCAUCACAUGAAAAUGGAUUCUGGGACUGCGGAUCAUACUAAAUGGAUUGGUGGUUUUCACAGAAAGCAAGACUUCAUAGAUGUUGUAGAGGCAAUAUUUCGAGGAGCAAUGAAGGGAAAGCUUAUUGUGAAUUGUCCUCUCCCGCCUGAACGUAUACCGAAAUACCAGUUACUGUACAAGGAUGUCUAAAACUUAACAACCCUCCUCUCCUUUGAUGUAUAUGUCCAGGAUCUGUAUGUUGUGCGCGUGGUAUAUAUUUUGAUUUGGAUCAUCUUAUGUUACUUGCAUGAAGUUGGUGAAGGACAGAACCGUGAAGAAUUGACAUUGGUGAAGUUCAAAUCCACAUGCAAGGUUGAUAUUAUGACAUGGAAAAAUGUUUAUACAAUGUUAAAGUCGCGUAUGUCCAAAAAAACCUAUGCAUCCAAUUUAUCUUUUAAAAUU